UUAAACACCAACUAAGCAAGCCAAAGGCACCAGUGGCAAGGAGCCAAAACUCAAUCAGGUGACAGAUAUGGAGAAUAAAACCUUGCCAGAAACCAGGAAGCCAGUUCUUCUCUGGCAUAAUGAACAAAGUCUUCUCAUGUGUUGCUGAGUGUUCUUGAGCAGCCCUUGAUUUUUUUGUAGGAAAUCCCACAUCCUGCUUCCCAUAACAAAGGCUGCGCUCAGUUGAUGUUUUCUGACCGCACAUCUAGACUGAUGAAAUCUAACCUUUAUGGCUCUGAAAUAUUCAUGCCGAUGCUCAGUGUCUACUCUCCCUUCCCCCCACCCGUAAUGAGUAAACGUCUGCCCCGGUUAGUGGUCGACUUCCUCGCUUCUUUGCGACUCCAACAGAUCUUUCGGCGCAAGAUAAGUCUGGCAUGAAGAAGUUGAAUCUGGCUUGGUUUUUCCACCGAAAAAUAGAGAGGGAUGACGAACAAGCGGAGAUACGGAUUCUGUUGGACAAUAUGAAAAGGAAAUUAAACAACACACAAACCAGAUUUGAAACAAAGAUUGUUUUCAGGGACAGAAGACUGAUGAGGAUGGCGGUAAAUGAGAGCAGAAAAGCAGCAAUCAGCUCCAGGUGUCUCUGAUAAGGCUCGCAUGCCACGGGGGGGGGGCUGCAGCAGUUAGCCGGAGGAGACCUGUACGGGCCGACGCAUGGGGCUCCCAGCCCAGAUGGGAGGGAACGGGGUGGGAGGGGCAGUGAGAGAGAGGGAGACACUGAGAGUGGGUGAGGCAAUUGGGAGAAACAGAGUGAGACAGAUAGGAGAGGGGCGAGGAAAAAUGCCCCUCGUCGCCUCUCAUUCUGACGCACACAUGCAAGCAAAACAUGCACGCGCACACGCUGAUCUUCAAAGCCGACUGCUUUCACAGUGUCCCUAUUAGCUAAAGAUUACAUCUGGGGCCCUGAACCAAAUAAAUAAGGUGAGAGGAGUGUCAGAGCUCAGUCUGCUCCACCUCAGGAUCCUCUCAGCACUUCAGUGGUGAGCAGAAAGGAAACACACUCUAAAUCAGAGGGACAUUGAGAGAGUGAGAGAGCUGGACACAGCAGGGAUUACACUUUUUUUCCUACUGUGGAUUCCUCUCGUUUCAUCAAGAACAGAUUCGCUGCCCUGUUGCAUUCGGGUCGUUUUGCCGUUCUUCUCCAGAACAUUUUUGUUGUCUCUCGCUGUCCUUGUUUUCCCCCGUCUGACAGGGGUUCUUCAGUGGAUUGUACGUGGGAGAGCAGGAGGAGGUGAAGCGGUUCCCCACAGAGGUGUUUUGAGUUAUGGAUGUUGACACAUUCCUUCUGGACACAAGGGGAACUGGAUCCAGCCUGAGCAGCACAAGCAGACGAGACCGCCACGGACGCUUCACGGGGCUUCACCUCCUGUUAUCACCCUUUCUCCCGUCCAGCUCUUCAGCAUGUACCUUUCUGUGAGGCUCUUCCCAGUCUUCCGAGCUCCAGGACAAUGUGCAAAUGGAAAGUGACUAAGGGUGCCUCAGCCUGGUUCCGUCUGUCCUGCCUUUCCCUGCCGCUGCUGCUCCUGCUCCUGUGUUCGGCUCUGCCUGUGGCCUGCCAUGACUCCCACAGGGCCGUCCGUGCCCCGAGGGGCGCCAACUCCUCGUCGGCUGCCGUGGUGGGGCGGCAUGUGCGCAGCUACAACCACCUCACGGGGGAUGUGCGCAGGAGGAAACUCUUCUCCUACCAGAAGUUCUUUCUCAGGAUCGAUAAGAACGGAAAAGUCAAUGGCACCAAAAGCAAGGACGAUCCGUACAGUACACUCGAAAUCAAGUCUGUGGAUGUGGGCAUCGUUGCCAUCAAGGGGAUUCAAAGCAAUUACUACCUUGCAAUUAACAAGAAAGGGGUGGUCUACGGGGCGAGGGAUUUCGGCAUUGACUGCAAGCUGAUAGAGCGGAUAGAGGAGAACAGGUACAACACGUACGCCUCGGCAGAGUGGAGGAACAAGAUGAAGCCCAUGUUCGUGGGCUUGAGCGCCAACGGGAAGCCGAUGAGAGCCAAAAAGACCCGGAGAAAAAACACAGCCACACACUUUCUCCCCAUUCCUAUCGUGUAGCUACAACCCCCACUAAAGGGAACAUUUAACUGCACUGAGGAAAGACUUGGACUUUUUCGACAGUAUAAAAGGGAACCGUUUGGAGAAGAAGGCACUAUGUAAAGGAACUAAGAGAACUCCUUUUCACUGAGUCAGACUGUUAUCACAUUUUUUUUCUUUAAGUUAUUGGCACCAGGGAAAAUAUGGGACAUUUUUUAUGCCAAACCCUUUUCUAGCGAAGGAAAGGUUGGACCAAAACCGACGGAGAGGAAUCGAACAUUUGCAACCUCCCAGAAUGAACUGAAGAGACCUUUCACAGAGUGUAUUGCUUGUGUGUAUUUGUGUGUGUGACCUUUGGAUGCAGUUAUUUAUGCUGUACUAACUCAUACGAAACACUCUAACAGACUCUCAAACUCUGUGACUCAGUGGACUGAAAGUUAUGCAAACACUUACUGGAAGCACUUGCUCAAGGUGCAAGACUGAGAGGCCGAGACGGAGACCCCGCAUCCUACCAUCUGAAUUUAGUCAAGCUAGCACCAUAGCGUAAAGAACUCUAAUAUUAUUAACAUGCAAAAGCCACUGUAUUUGAUAUCUCCAUUCUUUACCUGACAGCUUUGGAAUAAAUUAUUUAUUUUAUGUAAUAUUUAAAGAAAAACAAAGACAAAAAAAUAAUGGAAUGGACAUUUUUUUAUCAUUUAUGCUCCUCUUUUAAAAAGCUAUUCUAUCGGUUACACAUGAAUAAAUAAAUAUAUUUCUCUUUA